AUGAAAGUGGCCCAAGACAUGAGGUCCACGGAGGAAGGUGAAGGGUCACCACCGCCCCUUGCCAAGGCGGGAUCGUCUCUACGGGAUGCACCUCCAGAAUCUCCCUCGACAAAGGCUUCCGAGUCCUUGCUGGGGAAAACCUUAUCCACAGAAAGCAGACUUUCCAAGGAGUCAAACUUUGGGGAAUGGGAAGGUGGGCUCCUAAUGACCUGGUCUGCGUCUGCCUGGGUGACACGGGCCCAAGUUUCAAAGACAUGUCUGGCAAGGAGUCUGGCCUGGGAGACCCAUGGUUUGGAGGCUCCGAAAGAAGCAACCUCAGAGGAGGUGAGAAAUAUGAGCAAGAAUGAAGUCUUCAUCCCCCGUCCAUUCUGGUCCAGUAAGCUUCAGUACACCCUGGCCCUGGUGAGCUACUUGCUGAUGCCGACUCAUCUCUGGAGCUUUGUCUCACGGUGGCUUCACAAUGGAGACUGCAGCUUCUUUAUAGUGUACAUCGUAAUGCUGUUCUUCAUUGGGGUUCCCCUCCUCUUCCUGGAGAUGGCAGUUGGUCAGAGGGCACAGAGUGGCAGCAUGGACCUGUGGAAGACCCUGAGUCCCUGGUUUGGUGGUGUGGGAUACAGCAUUUUCAUGGUGUGCUUCGUCACCAACACCUACAUUAACUUGUACAAUUCCUGGAUCCUGUUCUACAUGAGCCAUGUAUUCCACGUCACUGUCCCAUGGCAGCACUGUCCUUUCCAGAGGAACUCCAGCGGCCUUGAUCCUGAAUGUGAACAGGGAACAUCCUAUGCGUACUUUUGGUACCAUCAGACCUUGAAAGCCUCAGGCAGAAUUGAGGAUGGAGGGCCGCCAGCCUUCAACCUGGGCAUGUUCCUGCUUUUGGCCUGGUGUUUCGUUUGUGUUUUCACGAUCAACGGGAUCAAGUCCUUUGAGAAGGCUCUGUAUGUCUUGGUGCCACUUCCCUAUUUCAUGAUCUCCUGCUUCCUCUUCCGGAUUCUGCCAAUGGCGGGCGCAGAAUAUGGGCUUAAACACCUGCGAAUUCUCAAGGUGGCAAGCAUCUAUGACCUAACUGUAUGGUCCCAAGCAGGGAUCCAAGUCGUGCUUGAUAUGGGUAUAGGCUUUGGCCCCAUUAUCUACUUCUCCUCACAUAUGCCUGACUUCAACAACUGUUUGGGGGACGCCUUCAUUAUGGGUCUGAUCAAGAUGCUCACUUUGUUGUUCACCACGCCUCUUAUCCUCUCCAUCCUGGGCUUAUGGGCCACCAUAACUACACAUCGCUGCUGUAAGAAGAACACAGAGACGCUUAUAAUGCUGGUAGCCCAGGGGAUCCUACCGCCUGAGGUGCAGCCCCCUGACCUGCAGAGGAACCCGACCUCCACCUACAAUUCCUGGCUCAACAGCCUCCCACCACCCUUGAGGAGUGCUGUCCUCAGCAAGGUGCCUGAAUGCAACAUCCAAGAGCAGUUUCUGAAGGUUAAGGAGAGCCCUCGGUUUGUGUUCCUGACCUUUACUGAAGUCAUCUCAAUGGUUCCUGCAUCUGCCUUUUGGACUGUCCUCUACUUCCUGCUGCUGCUGAGUCUGGGGCUGUGUACUGUCGUGGCAUGCAUGCUGGGCAUCAUUAUCCCACUCCGGGACACCUUCUCCUUAUUCAGGAGACAUCCAAGGACACUUAUAGUGGGUGCUUCCAUGGUGAUGUUCCUGUUCGGCCUCUUCUUCAUCCAGCCUUCAGGCAUCUACUACUUUGGGCUGCUGACUGAAUACUGGAUAGCUCUGCCCAUCAUCAGCAUCGUCAUAUGUGAAAACCUCGCGGUAGCCUGGGCCUACGGGGCCAAGAGGUUCCUCACAGACAUGACGGCUCUGCUGAGCCGCCCCAUCUGCCUUGUCUGUGGCUGGUUGUGGUGCUAUGUGUGCCCAGUGGUGUUGCUGGGCCUGGCAGUGGCAGUCUUCAUUCAGGUCAUCACGAAGCCCCUCACCUACGUGGCUUGGGACUCAAAUACUUCAAAAGAUGUGGUUCGUCAUUACCCAGUGUGGCUCUUGGCCCUGGUGGUCGGGCUGUGUGCCUUCGUCCUCAUGCCCGUUCCUGCAUACUUUGCACACUGCCUCACCCUGGGGAUCCCCUUCAGGCCUACCGCAAGCUCUAAACUGUCAUGCGGAAUGGGCCAGCCACCGACGGAGAAAGGGGCCUCAAAGGAUACUCCACAGGGCUACAGAGCAAAGUCUUUAUCAACUUGA